CAGUGCCAGGGAAAGACAGAGCCUAAACUGAAGCAGGCACAUCACUAACGGACAAAAGCAUGGCCAAGAUGUUUGGACGAUCGGUGGUCACUAAGCGUGCUGGCAGGGUGACCUCUGCUGAGCUGGGGUGCGCGGUGUCUGAACUGAACCCCAGCAUGAAGGAGAGCUACUCCAUGGAGUGGCAGGACAUGGUACUCAGCACCCGACCUGAAGACAGGUGCUCAGUGAAGCAGAUGGACACUUCCCGCCGUGAGAGCUUCCAACGACAGUACGAGGUCGGCUGCCUGCUCCAGAGGUCACCCACUGGAGUGCUCAGACUGGGGACUGCCGGGAAUGUGUGUGAAUACCAGCUUCCCUACCGCAACGUCCUACCCAUGCCACUCUUCAAGCCCUCCGAUUUGGGUGCCAAACGCCAUGAGCCUGAGGUGGUCCUCAUUCCGGUCAUUGAUGGUGCUUGUCCAGAUAAGAGAGCCAUGAGCGACAUUACCAGAGACCUGCCACCUGUGACUCAGCCGGCCAGAAUGGACUUCACCAAGAUGCCACGCUCCCUGGGUAGAUCAAUGUCACAGGAGGCCCAGAGAGGGUGAAAGGGGCUUCCUGGCCCAGGAAAAGAACUCCUGCUACCUUGUUGGUGGGUUUGGAUGUUUAGGGGUGAGGUAUGGGGGUCUCUAUUUAAAUUUAUGUAUAGUUAGGCUGCGUUCUGUCUGCAGGGUAAAGGUGGCCCAUUUGCUCCUUAUGCUUGGGGCUGCCAAGCCCUGCCCAGUUUAGCCUUGUUUGAUUAUGAAAACAAGCUCCAUUGCAGUAUCUGUGUUCCUGAGGUGGGACGCCAUCAGUCCCCCUGAGAGCUGCAAAAAGGACGGACGGCAUUUGGUGUUGGCUGUGAGGUGGAAGGGCUCCCAGCCAAGAUAAACAACAGCUGCAAGCCUGUGGCAUUGACACUUGGUGUCCCCAAGGAGCCACACGCCUGCACUGGCAGGGUGGCAUCUCGUUCUAGUGGAUAAAAAUAUGCAGAGCCCCACUCGCUUGGCUUAUCUGUUCAUUGGCUGGCCAGCUGGAAUGCAUGGAGCGGGGCUCGGUUGAUUAGUCUGUAUAUGGUGGUCAGGGGUGAGAAGAUAGAGAUGAAGAUGAGGAUGAGGGGGAUUUGAAUUGGGGCUCCGAGCUGCUGAAUGGGAUGCGAGCGAGCCUCUAAGGGUGGAAGUGGACAUGGAGCGGAUGGCUGAGAACUGAAGGACAUUUGCUGUAUGCUGUGCCUAUUUGAUGUGUGCCUUUGUAGACAUCUUAAUAAAGUUGUCCCUCACUCCUCUAA